AGUGGAAUUGAUGGAGGAGAUGCGGGGUGCGGGGAUCGAAGUCUGCAGUUCCCCAUUGUAGUGCGGUCAAGGCGGGAGAUGGAGAAUGCAUUUCGUCAUCAAAUCGGGCACGCAGGUACAGACAGCAGACGGCACGGCCAAGCUCCGGGUAAACAGUCUUGGCCCAUGCCGUCGGGAGUGGACCGACCCCUCUCGGGGUGCCGGUUAUUCUUCAUUUCCACCGCCUCGAGCCGGAAUCACAGCCCAGCAGUCCCGGCCCCGGAUGGAGUCGACGUUGCAGCACCAAGAGCAUCUCCCCUUCUCUUAUAUAGCCGGACGAAUCACGACCCUCUUCCCCGCGCUCCAGGUGGAAACAAUUGCUGCUGCGAUUGGUGGACUUGGACUUGUCCCUCGCUGGCGAGAUGAUGCAGAGUUGUGGCCUGGGCGUAAUAUGAAGCCAUUAAUAUUUAACCACAAGCUUCCCGCACCAGCUCUUCGUCCAAAGAUGGCGGCCCGUCCUCCUUCCGGCGACAGCGCGCAAGAAAGGGCACCCUGACGGCCCACUGCCAGCCAUGAACCGACUCCUCAACAUCGUCUGCCUUGUCGGCGCCCUUGCCGGCCUGCAGCUGGCGGGUGCCCAGCCGGCUAACAAGUCCUUCACGAACCCUGUGCUCCCAGGCUGGCACUCGGACCCCUCGUGCGCCCGCGGCCCGGAUGGCGUGUUUCUCUGCGUCACCUCCACCUUCAUCGCCUUCCCAGGCCUGCCAGUGUACGCGUCCAAGGACCUGCUGAGCUGGAAGCUGGCCAGCCAUGUGUGGAGCCGCGAGUCGCAGCUCCCCGGCGUGAGCCGCGCCUCCUGGCGCCAGAUGGGCGGCAUGUACGCUCCCACCAUCCGCUAUCACGGCGGCUUCUGGUGGGUUGUGUGCGAGUACCUCGACGGGCCAGAGGGCAUCCUGGGUGUGCUCUUCAAGACCACGGACCCCUUUAGCGACGACGCCUGGUCCGACCCUGUCCUCUUCCACCCCGGACGCAUCGACCCGGACCUGUUCUGGGAUGACGGCGGCACCCUCUACGCCGCGACUCAGGGCAUCGUGCUUCAGUCCCUUGACCCGGUCACGGGCGCGCUCAGCCAGCCGCCCAUUGAGCUCUGGAACGGCACGGGAGGCGUGUGGCCCGAGGGCCCCCGGUUCUACAAGCGGGGCGGCUGGUACUACCUCCUGAUCGCAGAGGGCGGCACCGCGACUGACCACGCCGUGACCAUGGCGCGCGCCCGCAACAUCACCGGUCCCUACGAGGCCAGCCCACACAACCCGCACCUGACGAACCGCGGGACGGGCCAGUUCUUCCAGACUGUAGGGCAUGCCGACCUGUUCCAGGACGGGGACGGAAACUGGUGGGGCAUGUGCCUUGCCACGCGGUCAGGUCCUCAGUACAGACACUAUCCCAUGGGUCGCGAGGCCGUCCUCUUCCCAGUUCAAUGGGACGACCCGACCGACUGGCCGGUUCUGCAGCCUGUCCGCGGCCGCAUGGAGGGCCCACUGCCGACCGUUUCGGGCUCGCGCGAGCUGCCUGGUCCGGGACCUUUUGUGGCCGACGAUGAGGACCUGGACUUCACCUCAGCUUCCAAGAUCCCCGGAAACCUAAUCUACUGGCGCGUGCCCCGCGACGAGUCUUUCUCUCUGGCUUCGGGCAAGGGUCUCAAGAUGGUACCCCUGAGGGCCAACAUCACGGGUGUGACGGGCACGAACAUGGACCUGAACGGCCAGAGUGGCCUGACCUUCAUCGGUCGGCGCCAGACGCACACUCUCUUCACCUUCUCCAUCGACCUCGACUUCGCGCCCCAGGCGGCCGGGCAGGAGGCCGGCGCGACCGUCUUCCUGACACAGUACAACCACAUCGACCUCGGCGUCGUCGGCUUGGCGCCCUGCAGCGGCGACGGCAAGGUCGCGCGCUUCCUGCGCCUGCGCGCCACAGCCCUCCAGGGCGGGACGGCCCCGGCGCCCGUGCAGCGGCGCGUGCCCGACGACUGGACGGGGGCGAUCCGGCUCACGGUGCGCGCCGUCAGCCUGACCGAGUACGAGCUGUCGGCCUCGAGCGUCGGCGGUGCGGGGUCCGCUGCCAUCGUGCUCGGCAGGGUCUCGUCCCAGCUGGUCAGCGGCGGCACCGGCCAGUUCGUCGGGGCGCUGCUGGGCGCGUUCGCGACCUGCAAUGGCGCCGGCGGCUCGGGCGUCGCGUGCCCCGGCGGUGGUGUACCUGCGUACGUGUCCCGGUGGAAGUACACGGCCGAGGGUCAGCACGUCGCGGCCGACGACGUUGCGCCGCCGAGGCCUUGAUCGGAGUUUGAGCUGGUAAAGAAGGUGGGCGAUGGCACAAAUGCCGAGAUUUGUCAACUCCAUUUUCUAGUCUAAAUAACAAAAAGCAAAAGAUUGCGCACGGGGCACUAUAGACAUUAAUGUUAACCUUAUCUCUUCCC